AUGAAGAGAAGUAGUAGACUUAGACGCAGGGCAGAGCCAGAGCCAGAGCAAGAGGCAAAGCAAGAGCAGGAGAUCAGUACGAAAGUCGAGACGAAAGCUGAAGAGACGGCCCUUCCCAAUGGUGACGUAGAAUCAGAUUACGAAACAACGGCUGUGAAAUGGGAUGACUAUAUCGACCGAACAAUCUUGAACCAGUUAAAUAAGUUGCCCCCAAUCGCGUUGGAUUUUGUACCGUUGCAGGAAUUGAUCCAGUCCUGGUAUUAUCAGUACAGUGUGAUGUGGUUCCAUAACGUUUGUACUGGUUACUGGACGCUAGGUUUCACUACGGGGAAACCUUGGUGGACUGAAAUCACGUUUGAUGAAAGAAUAAUGCUCUUAGAUUAUAAUGCGGGAUGGAGUCUCGAAAAUGAUUCGUUGGAUUUGGUUCAAUCGGAGGAUCCAAAUGGGGGCAGCACGGAUCAGGACGAAGAGGGUCAUAUACUGAAUUUAUUCAAGAGUAUCUUGUUGAGGUUGAUCAGGUCUUUAGAACAGGAUAAGACGGUAUCCUUGAAACAUUGGGAUGAAAUAGUGAAGUACCACAUUUUUAAUUCGAAAUUAAACAAAUCUCUACUUUGGUACACAGAGGAUAUCAAUAGCAAAUUCGCGGAUCUCAACAUAUUAAAACAGUUCGAGAUCAUUUUCCAUGUCAUUAAAUUGGUAGAAAGAAAGAACAUUGGUUUUAGGAACUAUUUACAAAACCAUUUGGAUAGCUUCCAAUUCCCUGAGAUUUGGGAGAAUGAUGCUACCUCUUUGGUGGUCUUACCCACUGGAAAGAUUAUAAGGAAACAGGUAUCGGUCAAACCAGAAUCAAACGGAUUGAACAUACCUAUAAAGUUACAGAAUUGUGUUCUUGUCGAAGAGACAGAAGCCACUAUAGACGUAAUUCAUUUGGAUUAUUCCGAUGAGAUCGACGCCUAUUUAAAUGAUGUCAAGAUCGAUUAUGAAACGUUAGCACAUGAUUAUAGAAGCUUCGUCGAAUAUCUACAAACGAUAGAUGAUAUUGAUUUUCAAGAAUUUUUCCAAGGCUUAAUAGAAUACCAUGCAGAGGCAGAGGUUUACGGACGUAAAUUGUAUGCUAACAGAUUGAAACAACAGUCUAUGCAAGCUCUAAUGGUCAGAAGAAAGAGAUCUUCCAGAAUAGUGGCCCGCGAUGAAGGACAUCAAAAGAAGGAGACGGAAACGAAAUGGUAUGACAAGCUUGACCGCAGAGAACAAUUCUUACGCCAUCGCAACAGAAUCUUAACAAGACGUACGAAGAAAUUAAAGGAUUACCUAUGGUCUUUACUAUGGGAAAAGUUUGAUAAAGAUUUUAGACAAGAGAGACUAAAGAGGAAAAACAUGGAUGACACAAUAGAUAUAGAUGGCGAGCAGUUUCUACAAGAAGUCGACUCAUAUGUGCUUGGGUAUGGUAGAAGUUUUAAACAAUGGAUUAUUCCAGUCGACGAAAGUGCGUAUAGUUACAAAGACGUGGAGACAUUAGAGUUACCAGCAGACGUUUGUAUCACACAACAGGAUCUUGACAGUCUGUCCAAAUUUGGUAUUCCAACGAACAACUAUCAAGUCGAUUCUCAGGAUUGGUAUUUGGAUUGCAAGAGUGGAAAACACGGUAUUAACGAUUUCAAGAAAGUGAAGGACCAAAAGAUAGUAUGUUGUGAAAAAAGCCAUAUAUGGGAACUUUGGGAGGAGCAGGACCCAUCAGUAAUAGCCAUCCUUUCACAUGGACAUGACCACAUGUUAACACCCAGAGAACUUGGAGGGGUAACGAUGUAUGACGAGAACCUUCGUAGAAGAUCUUCGAGAAGGGACGAAUCGGUUAACGGCAAGGCAUCUUACAUCGAGAAUAGGCCUACGGAGAGGAAACCUUUCGAUGUCAUGGAACCCUUUAUCUCGUCAAGAUGUUUACAUGAGAUGGAAUCUGAACUAAGACAAAAUUUUGCUGCCGAUGUGAAACUAAUAAGAACCAAUGAAAGAAAGAAGGCAGAGGAAAAGGAAAAACGUCGCAGAAUCAAGGAAGAGAAGAAAAGGCAACUGGAGUUGACAAAAUCACCUUCAACUGCCUCACCCUCGACUACACCAAAUCAACCCCCAGUAACUUCCAGUACGUCGCCAACUACGCAACAAACACCAGAUCAGCACAAACCUCAACCGGCUUCAUGGCAAAUACAGCAAGCAUCCCAAUAG